AUUCCCGAUCAAUAUCUGAAUGCAAGUCCUUAUUCCCAUCAACCAUUUCCUCUAAAUCCAAAAGCCAAGCUCCAGCUAGGAGGAUCCCUUUAAUUAUCCUUAUUUAAUGGAACAUUUUGUGCCAAUACCGUAUCCUACUACUCUGGGAAGUGGCAACAAUGUUCCCCACAGGCCCGAUUAUCACCAAGGGGCCGCGCAUUUCGAUAAUUCUCAGUCGGAACAUCCUAAAAAGAGACAGAAGAGGAAUAAGCCGACUUUAUCAUGUACGGAGUGUGUGGGAAGGAAGACCAAGUGCGAUAGGGGGCGUCCUCAUUGUUUAGCAUGUCUCAAGCGGCAGACAGAAUGUCAAUACGACCGGAUGGCAAAUGUUCUCGAAGAGACGAACCGUUCAGCGACUGAUUCCCGUCGCAUGACAAUCCCCCCGAAACGGAGGCUUCCACAACAGAUCCACAAUGGUGCCAACCAGCCUUCACCCAAACUUGCCAUUCAUCCCAUAGAACAGAGUAUCCCUCAGACAUCGUUAAACUCCCCAACUGGUGCCCCUCCAGAUGUUCCAAACACCAACCAACCGGCAUCAGCAUCCAAUGUUUUCGGCAUAGGUUCUGAACAUCCAUUCGCCAAUUACUGGACCUGUCAAGGAGGCCUGGCAGAAGUGAUCUCGGUACUACCUGAGAAGAUUCAAGCAAACAUGCUGUUAGAGCGUUACUUCGACAUUGUUGAUUGCGUCUACCCAUAUAUGCACCGCCAGACCUUCUACGCCGACUACUCACAUUUCUGGUCUCUUUCCACAGCCGACAAGGCCAACUCCGACGCCGCCCUAAUAGCCCUCAUAUUCUCCAUGCUAGCAAUGGGCACGCAAUUCGUCUCUGCAUACUCCUCAACCACCAAACAAACCGCCGAAUUCUACGUCUCCGCCGCCCACCAAGCCCUCCGCAUGUCCUCCUACCUCAACAAAACUUCCAUCCGCUCCAUCCAAUCCAUGGUCCUAAUCGUCUACUUCCUCAUCAACGACAACCACGCCUCGGACGGCUGGGCCUUCGCCGGCAUCCUUAUCCGACAAGCCUACGCCAUGGGCCUGCACCGCGACCCCAACAUCGUCUGUCCCCACGCUAGCACCUUCGAAAAGCAACAGCGCCGCAAACUCUGGCAGGCCGUCCUCUUCCAAGACACCUUCCUCACAGUCCUCCUCUCCCUGCCCCCAAGCGCAACACACACCGACGUCGCGGUCGCCGACCUCGUCGACGACGCAUCCUCCAUCGCCUCGUCUUCGCCCACAGACGUAGCCUACAUCCGCGGCUGCUGGACCCUCGCCAACCUCGUCCAAGAAUCAAUCUGCUCCCCGCGCUCCCUCAGCCUCCCCAUCGCCUCAACCCCACGCCACAAAUCCACGCUCCUCGCCUCCUUCCGCGCCGUCUACCGGAGCUUCCCUGAUCAAUUCCGCUGCUGGGACUCCGCGUCAAUCGCGCACUUGGCUUUAACGAAUAAGCGGCUAGUGCGCCAGACGCUGUUUUUGACGAGCAAUUAUUGGCAUAAUGUCAUGCUCCUGCAUAGCUCGGAGAGUAAGGAGGUGCUGAUGAAUGUUAAGGGGACGCUGGAGGCGGCGCAUGAGGCGAUUAGUGCGUUUUUUUUGCUGGUGGAGGUGUUUGGCGCGGAGGCGAGGGUGUGGUGGGUGUUUUGCCAUAGGGCGUUUUUGGAGAGCGUGUGUAUGGGGAAUAUAUUGAGGGGGCAGAAGAGUCAUGUUGAUAGUGGGAUGUUUGCUCGUGCUAGGGGGGAUAUCAAAAAAAUGAUCGACAUAAUGACGAAUAUGUCCGAAGGCGAGAAUGGAUGCGAGUUUGCCAGAACACGCGUCUCUGCACUGAGUAACUACGUAUAAGGGAGGGUUUGGUCACAUAGGAUGGUUU